CCUAUAACAUUCAUCACCAACUCCAGAUAUGCCAUCAACUGCCUCACAAAACACCUACCAACCUGGGAAGACACUGGCUGGAUAGGAGUAGUGAAUAGCAAGUUCAUAAAAGCAACUGUGUAUCAACUGAGGAAAAGAUCAGCCCAAACAUCAUUUGAAUGGAUAAAAGGCCACAAUGGCCAAAAUGGAAAUGAACAAGCAGAUAAACUAGCAAAAGAGGGAGCAAACAAACCCUCAGCAGAUGAACUAGACUUGCACAUCCCAGACGACUUCAACCUACAAGGAGCGAAACUUUCAGCAAUCACACAAGCCCUAGCAUAUAAAGGUAUACAAGAACACAUACCGUUUGCCCCAAGGAGAAAAACCACAAGCAAUCUAGAUGUCACACAAUUCACCAUACAAGAACUGACCAGACAACUCGAAACUGACACUUCCAUAUGGACAGGAUGCAGACAUAAAGACCUGUCAAAGAAAAUAAGACAAUUCAUAUAUAAAGCCAUGCACGGCACACAUAGAAUAGGCGAAUACUGGACAAACAUACCAACUUAUGAGCACAGAGCACAAUGCACCCACUGCAACGCCAACAAUGAAUCCAUGGAACAUAUCUUAACGGACUGCCCACAAAAUGCUAACUCCCUGAUCUGGUCCCUGGCCAGA